CUUGGCGUCUGGGUCUUGGCAUCAUCCAGCAGGGUACAGUAACAACUGCAACUGCCAAACCAACUGCUCCCAGUCCCAGCACCUUCCGAGGCCGACUUGCGGACGGCCAACUUCUUGACCUGAUCAUCAAACAUUCUCUAUCGACGCAAGGUGUGGAUGAGGUACCAGAAUCGGCCAUCCAGCGCUCCUUUCCACAGAUCUUAGCUAUCAAUUACCACCACCGCCAGCAACAUGAACGUGAGUUUCCAGUCGUCGGUCGAUGCGCAUCCAGGCCGCGCACAGCUAACACCAUGUUUCUACGAUCAGGUCCUGGAAUGGGCUUUCGGCAAGCGUAUGACGCCCGCCGAGCGUCUUCGCAAAAACCAGCGACUCCUCGACAAGGCUAUCCGAGAACUGGACCAACAGCGCGUUAAGCUAGAGAAGCAGGAAAAGACACUCGUCUCCCAAAUCCGCCAGAGCGCUCAGAAAGGUCAGAUGGGCGCCUGCAAGAUCCAGGCCAAGGAUUUGGUGCGGACACGACGAUAUAUCGAGAAGUUUUACAGCAUGAGGAGUCAACUCCAAAAGAUCUCGCUCCGCCUACAAACAUACCGCACGAACGAGCAGAUGAUGCAAGCCAUGAAGGGUGCGACGAUGGCCCUCGGAAGCAUGAACCGCACAAUGAACCUGCCCUCGUUGCAACGUAUAGCUAUGGAGUUUGAGCGCGAGAACGAUAUUAUGGAACAGCGACAGGAGAUGAUGGAUGAUGCUAUUGACGAUGCAAUGGACAUGGGUCUUGAAGAAGAGGGUGACGAGGUUGUAGAGCAAGUGCUGGAGGAGAUCGGCGUAGAUCUCAGUCAAGCGAUGGGCGAGACACCAUCAGGACUACAGGUUGCGGCUGUUCCGGAGAACAAAGUCGCCCAAGCAGUUGGUGGUGGUGGUGGUGGUGGAGCCGACCCAGGCGACGACGACUUGCAGGCAAGAUUGGACAGUCUGAGACGAUGAAUGACCUGAGAUGAACUUUGGGACCUGAGACAGGAAGC